CCUUAAUAUCUGUUCUCUUCACUUCUUUCUUCUCUCUCUCUUCCCAUUUUUGUAUAGAUUUUCUGGGUCUAUCUUUAUCUUACACCAAAUGGUGAAGGAAAUCAGGUUGGAGUUGAACCCAUCAUCACACUGUAAAAAUAAACUCAAUCAUGUUAUCCUAAAGCUUGUUAUCUCGUUUUUGCUAUUGGGCCUUGCUUUUCGUUUCCUUGUUUCUGAUUCAAUAGGAUUUUCAUCACUGGUUGAGACUCAACGGACUCAGACUCCUUUAGAAGACACCAACGCAGAGUCUCCUGAGACGUCUUUGCCUGCUCAAGAACCUGUUUCUGGUUAUUAUCAACCAAAUAAUGAAACUCAAUUAUCCAAUAAUGCAAAAUGUGAUCUUUUUAUCGGAGACUGGAUACCGGACCCAUCUGGUCCAUUUUACAGUAACGUUACCUGCCGUGCAAUUGAAAGUCAUCAGAAUUGUAUGAUGAAUGGGAGACCUGAUUCUGGAUACCUUUACUGGAGGUGGAAUCCACGAGAUUGUGAAUUACCCAGGUUCAAUCCUGAGAGAUUUCUUGAUUUAAUGAGGAAUAAAUCUUGGGCCUUUAUUGGUGAUUCAAUUUCUCGCAACCAUGUGCAGUCAUUGCUUUGCAUUCUUACUCAGGUGGAGCAAGCUGACGAGGUUUACCAUGAUGAGGAAUAUAGAUCUAAAAGAUGGCACUUUCCUUCUCACAACUUCACCCUUUCGGUAGUUUGGACCCCAUUCCUGUUGAGAGCUGAUAUUUUUGAAGACGUCAAUGGAGUUUCCUCAUCAGAAAUCCAGCUCCAUCUUGAUCUACUUGAUAAAAAAUGGACGGAACAAUACAAAAACUUUGAUUACGUGAUGAUUGCAGGUGGGAAAUGGUUUCUCAAAACUGCUAUAUACUAUGAAAACAACACUGUACAAGGCUGCCAUUACUGUCCUGGAAAGAAUUUAACUGAGUUAGGAUUUGACUAUGCGUAUCGUAAAGCACUCCAGCUAGUUCUUAGGUUUCUCACAAGAUCUGAUCACAAGGCAUACGUUUUCUUUAGAACCACAACGCCCGAUCAUUUUGAGAACGGAGAAUGGUUCAGUGGAGGGACUUGUAAUAGAACCGUGCCCUUCAAAGAAGGUGAGGUGGAUAUGAGAGAUGUAGAUAGUGUUAUGCGAGAUAUUGAAUUGGAAGAAGUUGAGAAAGCUGUAGGUAUAGGAGCUGAAAAUGGGAUUAUUUUGAAAUUAUUAGAUACAACUCGGCUUUCAUUAUUGAGACCUGAUGGCCACCCAGGGCCAUUUAGGCAAUUUCAGCCAUUCGCAAAGGAUAAGAAUGCCAAAGUUCAGAAUGACUGUUUACAUUGGUGCUUGCCUGGCCCAAUUGACUCUUGGAAUGAUUUAGUAAUGGAGAUGAUGGUGAAUGAUGGAAUCUAUAGAUGAUCAUUAUGCCAAGCUUAUUAGGGAUUUUAAUUGAGAUGCUGAGUUUAUUUACAUUUUUUAUGAACAUAGUAGAGAUCUUUGGCGUUUCAUCAUAUGGCAACAAUAACUUUUUUCCCUGAAGGCUGAAGCUGCUGGGAGCUGUUAACAUGCAAAUGUACAAUCCGUUUGGACAGAAUCGUCGUAAUUUGAAGUCAAAAUUAUCUGUAAUUAUAUGAUUCCAUUAGGUUGUUCGAUUCUCUGGCCAUACACAUACUGCUAUAUCAAAUUCGAAGUAAUUUACUUCACAUGACCAUAACAUUUGUUUUAU